UGAGGUUACGUGGCCGAAACUGAAAGUAUCACACAUUAAAUCUUUAAAAAAUACAUUCACAAUGAACAUUAUUAAGUACAUUAUUACAUUAAUAUGUUUCUACGUAAAUCAUAGUUUUGCGUAUUUCAUAACAGUAGAUGCACACGCUGAAGAAUGUUUCUUUGAUAAAGUAGAAGCUGGCACUAAAAUGGGUCUAACAUUCGAAAUUGCGGAAGGCGGUUUCCUAGAUAUAGACGUGCGUAUCAUAGAUCCAAAUGGGCAAAACAUCUAUCAAGGCGAAAGAGAAACCUCUGGUAAAUACACUUUUGCCGCACAUUCAUCAGGAACAUACACGUAUUGCUUCUCGAAUAAAAUGUCAACGAUGACACCCAAAAUAGUGAUGUUCAAUAUGGCUGUGGGAGAAUCGCCCAAAGCCGAACACGCUGAAGGAGAAAGCCCUAAUAAAUUGGAAGAAAUGAUUAAAGAACUCACAAACUCUUUAGCAGGUGUAAAACAAGAACAGGAGUACAUGCAAGUGAGAGACAGAAUACACAGAAGUAUCAACGAAAGCACAAAUUCGAGGGUUGUCAUGUGGUCAUUUUUCGAGGCUCUUAUUUUGGUUGCGAUGACUGUCGGACAAGUUUAUUACCUCAAGAGGUUCUUCGAAGUACGAAGAGUGGUGUAGAUUACAAUAAAUACUAUCAAGUCUGACUAAUUUUCUUUUGUUUACAACGUUGAUUGCAAAAUUAUUUGUAUAUUUUUUUAGUUAAAAUUUGCGUUUUGUGUAAAUGCGAAAGCUAAUUUUCAAUGUGGUGUAGCUUUCGGAAAUAUAUUUUUACAUGAACUACACGUAAAUUCAAAUUAACUUAGAACGAUUAAAUGGGCUGUACAAAUAACUUAUAUUUGAUUUCUGAUGGUUUCUAAAUAAAAAAUUGUAAUAAAAUUUUAUAUGCAAG